AUCACACAAGAUGAAUUUCUUUACUAUAAGUGCUUUCAUAAUAUAUUUUCCAAUAGGUGCUGGACAAUCAUGCACAGAAAUUAUUGAAAAUCUUCAUUACUCAUGCAUGGGAAGAAACCUAAGCUACAUACCAUCCAGAAUUCCUUCCUCAGUUCAAACUCUUGAUUUUAGUUUUAAUGACCUGAAAUGGUUAAAGAAAACUGUAUUCCCAGUUUUCACUUUUCUGAGAGUUCUUGAUCUGUCAAGAUGCCACAUCAGACAGAUUGAAAAUGAGGCUUUCUACAAUGUGAAGAAUUUGACUACUUUGUUCCUUACUGGAAACCCUAUUACAUAUUAUGCUCCUGGAUGCUUGAAUACUUUAUAUAAUCUGCAAAGGCUAGUUCUCGUGGAUAUUGGUCUUGAAUCCUUACAGCUUAAUAUUAAUAACCUUACCAAGCUACAGGAACUCAAUGUUGGAACAAAUUACAUCCAGUCUAUGACUCUUCCUCCAUUCAUGAGCACCUUCAAAGACUUCAGUUUACUUGAUCUACAUGCCAACAAUAUAUCCAUCAUCAGAACUGAUCACACCGUUGUGCUUCGAGAGAUUGGAAAAAACAUGACAUUGAUUCUCUCUAGGAAUCCAUUACUACACAUUGAACCAGGGUCUUUUAAAGGGGUUCAUCUUGUAGAGCUGGACAUCCGAUCCACAUUUGUUUCGUUUGCUUCAAAGAAACAGGGUCUAAAUGGUCUGCAUGGCCUUAAUGUCACAAGGCUGAUGUUUGGAAUGUAUAAAGAUGAUCCCAAACUUUACCCAUCAGAUCUAGACUAUUUCGAUGGUCUUUGCUCUAUUCAUUUUUAUGAGGCAUAUUAUUACAUGAAGGAAAGACUUGACUGGAAAAUGAAUAUCUUUCGCUGUAUGAUUAAUGCCACAGUUGUAGUUGUUAAGGGUGGUGUAAUUCGUGUCAUUGGGUAUGUGCCUUUUCAUAAAAUCAAGGAGCUUUACUUGAUUAACACUCAGUUAUAUACUGUGCCAGGUAAACAACUUUCACACAUUCGUACUUUAGAAAAAUUUGUAUUUACACACAACAGUGCAACUCAAGUUCUUGACUCAAGUUCAAGUUCUUCAACUAAAUUCUUAGACAUGCCGAAACUUCAGUAUGUGGAUCUUAAUUCAAACCAAAUUACUCUACAAUCAUGCUGCAUAGAUGUUUUAUCUGGUACUCCUCAAAUCAGAUAUUUAAAUUUGAGCUUAAAUCCACAAAUUUCUCUUGAUAAAGGAGGAUUUGAAGGACUUGAAUCCCUAGAAAUUUUAGAUUUUCAUCAUACAAAGCUUUUAGGUAUAGGAUCUUUUACACUUUUGUCUAAUUUAAAAAAUCUGAGGUAUCUGGAUAUUUCUUAUUCAAGCGUAACCUUUGUUAACGUAUAUUGCUUUUAUGGACUGAGCAGUCUUAAAGUUCUCAAGAUGGCUGGCAAUAGUUUUCAAGGUGAUGUAGCAAAUUAUUUAUUUAACAAUCUUACAUUUUUAGAGCACCUUGAUAUGUCAUACUGUCAUGUGGUAGAAAUACAUUUAACGUCAUUUAAAAACCUUCAAAGACUUAGACAUUUGAAUCUCAGAGGAAACAAUUUAAUGAGUAUAGAUUUUCUCACCGACCCAAACCUUAAACAAUUAACAACAUUUUAUGUCAAUAAAAACAGUAUAACCACCAUCCCACUUGACAUUCUCCAAAAGUUGCCCAUGAACCUUUCAGAGUUUGAUUUGUCUUUUAACCCAAUUGAUUGCUCCUGCUCUCAGACUGAUUUUAUGUUGUGGAUUAUCAAUAAUCAGAGAGUUUUGAAACAGCCAGAAAAUAUUUUGUGCAAAACUAUUUCACCAAACUCAGAUUUUAGAGUAACAGACUUUGACAUUGACCACUGUGUCUACAAGAAAAAACUCAUAAUUGUUUUACCAGUAUUUUGUAUAGUGUUUAUAGUUGUGUUAUCAAUCUUGGUUUACAGGUUUCAAUUUUAUUUGCGCUAUUGUUGGAUUUUACUGAGAGGCUACAGAUCACCUGGACAGCAAGAAUGUUCUUAUGACGCAUUUGUGAUUUUCUCCAGCUAUGAUGAAGCUUGGGUCAUAAAUGAACUGAUGGAGAAUCUGGAGAACGGUGUGCCAUUUAUUCAGCUUUGCCUUCACAUGCGGGACUUUCAAGCGGGGAAGUCAAUCGCCUCCAACAUUAUAGAUGAAGGAAUAAUGGGCAGCCGUAAGAUCAUUGUGGUCGUGUCUCAACACUUUAUUGAUAGUGCCUGGUGUCGUUUUGAGUUUGAAUUAGCUCAGUCUCGGUUUGUGGUGGAACGCAAUGCCAACAUCAUCAUCAUUAUUCUGGAAGAUGUUGCGGAGAGGAAAACUAAGAAAGUGCUUGGUCUUCAUAAGCAUCUGAAGAAGAACACAUACCUGAAGUGGAGCAGAGACCCUUUAAGCAACAUGAGAUUCUGGAUACGACUCAGGAAAGCAAUUGUUGCUACAUAGCAGUAAUAUUGCAUCUAUCCUUCAUGUAUUAUAUGUUAAAUAAAUAAUCAGUCAUCCUUGCAACCACAAAUGUAUAAAACAAUCAUUGAUCUCUAUGUUCUGAUCGACAGUCUUUUCGCAGGGUAAAUUAUAUAGCUAGAAACGCUAAUAAAUUAGCUUUUGUUCAUCUUUGGAGUGCACAUUAUAAACAAAUAACUUCCCUCGUUGAAACAAAAGGAGAAGUGAGAGUUGCUUGCUCAAAGUACAAUAAAA